AUGGAUCCUAAGGAGGAUGUUCAAGUAUCGUGCGUAUUCAAUGGACGACACAAAAACAUGAUCAAUGAUUUAAGUUUGCUAUUGGGGUACUAUGGCAAUGUGAUUUCCUUCUCCGCUGCAGUCUCGAACGCCGGAGUUUUAUGCGAAAAGCCGUUGGGCUAUGCAAUGGAGUUGGUGAAGACAGCAAAAUCUAAAAUGAAUGCUGAGUACAUAAGAUCAGCUGCAGAUCUUAUGGUGAUCAAGCGACGUCCUGGUGAUAAACUUAAAGGGAACUUCAUUGUUUCCGAUAUAACAAGACUUGGGUUGGAAGAUGUCGAUUUCGGAUGGGGUUUGCCGGAAUAUGCUGUACCUCCAAUGACUUCCACUUACUUUGGCUACAAUAUCAAGUACAAAAGCAAAGGGGAAGAUGGAAUUUUGGUGCUGAUAUGUCUGCCAUUGUCGGUCAUGGAGAGGUUUCAACUAGAGCUUACUAAAAUAAUCACCAUUCCAAGAGGGACCUAA